AAUAAGAAGAAUAUUAAGAAAACUCUCCUAAACUCUAAUCUCCCUAUCCUCUCAAUUCUCAUUCCCACUCUCUCUAAAUGCCUAGGCCGAUUCUCUAUCUUUCUCUUCUCAAAUCCCUAAUUCUGUUAUUAAUCCCUAAAUCCCCAAUUCCCGAUAGAACCCUAAUCUCGGGUUCUAUCAAUUGGUAUCAGAGCCAACAUGAGCUCUUCAUGGCUCUCUGAUCCGUUUUGGAACCGUAUGAUGCAACGAAUCGACGCAAUCUGCGCCGACCAAGCCGCGACGGCGCGCGAGAAGGGCUCGGCAGUCAUGGAGGAAGCCGCUGACUACGAGGUAGUGGGAAAGGAGUCCUUGACCUCGGGAGAUGAGGCUAAGGUGACUCAGCAACCACCACCAGUGGCGGCUGAAAUCGCCGCCGUAAUUGGUUCAGCUGUGGUCGAGGAAGAAGACCCGGACGCUGGAGACAAGGAAGAGCAGCAUCAGUUCUUGGCUACACCAGCAACUUUCACCCCCAUUGAAACAAGCACACAAGUUGUUGGUGCCAAAUUCACCGCUAGCCUCGGCGAAAAGCUGCUCUCGGCCGAGUCAGAGAAGAUGAUGACAUCGGCGAGACUAGAAGCAGGAGGGACUCCGGGAUGGCGGGGAAGCAGCUUGUCUCCACGGGGAAGGAAGGCGGACGAUGUCGGCAGGACCCUCUACUCGCCUAGGAGGAGGAAGAAGAAGAAGCAGAAGUGGAAACCAAAGAUCGGAGACAGAUUCAACCGCCAACGUGAAGCUGAGCAUCGGCGGCUGUUUGCAAUGACGAAAGCCUGGGUCGACUCGUGGCAGUCGCGACGACCAGGGAAGCAGCAAUCGGCGACAGCUCACGUCGUGUCGUCGAUCGACUGGGAGAAAGAAUUGACGGUGAGCGGCGUGGCCUCAGGAUCUAUUUUCCAUCGCUUGACGAUCUACUCAACGCCGGAGAAGGAAUUGAAGAAGCGCUAUGUCGGCGUUGACCGUAGAAGAGAAGUAGAGACGGAGCGGGAGAUGACGGUAGUCGUCGGGGAGGCCUCGCGAACCGUCGAGGCGAAGAAGGGUUCUUCGCCGAGAAAAAAGAAGGAUGGAGCGGGCAGAGGUGAUGGUUGUCCGCCGGAGCAGCGUUUUGAGAUGUCAGAGCUGCGCGAGGAGACGCCGCCGGGGAGAGGGGCAACGACGGAGACGGGCGGCGAGCUCGGGGAGACGGAGUCGUGGACAAGGGUGGCCGGGUCGAGCUUGUCUCUACACCGCCUGAGGAACCCAUCGCCGCCGGAGGAAGUAAUGGCGAUGGAGGGGAAGACGAAGCUGGCGAAAGAGUGGUCGACAAAGGAGAUGUCGGCGAUCGAAGAAGAGGGCUCCAUCUUCCUCUCGUUCGUGAACCCUAGGCAGGAGGCUGCCACUUUCGGCCCGAGUCAGCAGAGUGGGCCAAGUUGGGUUGCUUCUAGUUGGGCCGAGUCUACUGCAACAGGGGGAGGAAGUGGGCCGCGCAGGCCUGGAACACGGGCCGACUUCUGUUAGGCUCGUCCCGGGCGGGUCGCACCAGUGGAAUGGGCCGAAGAGUGAUCUCAUUGGGCCGCAUCUGCAAGGAGCAAUUGAGCCCAUUACAGAUUAUGUUAUGGUGAAGGUGAACUUGAAGGAAGAGGAGUUGAAGGGUUUAGCUGGUAGGCUUUCAAGAAAUGCUGGCCUAAAAGCAUGUGGAGAAGGUAUAAUGCAAUUAAAUUGGCUAAACCCAAGAAAGAGUUUUGAGGGCAUUGAUGAGUUGGUAUUCAAGGAUAAGUUCUUCUGCAAUAAAGUACCCUUGAAUUG